AUGCCCUUUUAUUCCACAGAACAAACUGGUGGAAGUGCAGAGGUCUUUCGCACCAUCGGAGAAAAGUGGAGGAACUUGUCUGACUCAGAUAGAGAUGCCUACAAAAAGGUGGCAACAGAUUCAGGGUCAGCUCUGUCACUACCCUCAGCUGAUAAACAAGCCAAGAAGAUAAUUGGCAACAUCAUGAAACAGGUCAGCUAGUAAUAAUCAUAGUCAUUAUCAUCAUCAUUAUUACAAACUUACAAUGAUAUUUAUCACAUUUUGUGAUGUGAACUUUGUGGUUUAUAAAUGACCAAGUUCAACUCACCAAGCUGUAUAAAGACUGGAUUGACAAGUUCUUGAAAUGAUAUACCCAAUACAUUUACUGACCUUAUGAUUUUGUUUAAUUUGUAAACUGGUCUUAAAUUGUGCUAUAAUAGCAAACAAGCAUUUCGUAUUGAAUUUUUCUGUUCGACAUUGAUUUUAAUUGAUCAGCAUUAAUUUAUCAGUUUACUUAUUGUUACAUUUAUAUUACUGGUAGAUUGACUGUUGUGAAAUAAAAUUAUGAUAUUUAUCUGUGUGGAUUGUAAUUCGUCCCCUUUCUUAUAAUUUUACAGUUGGUCACCAGGUGUCUCAGCAAGCUCUUAAUAAACAAUGAAAGUUAUUCUUAAACUUACUCAUAAUUACCUGUUUUAAAUAUCUUACUUUUUAGGUUUUUUCUUUUCCUUGAUUUACACAACUUUCUAAGUAUGCAAGCUCAGUAAUUUUCAUGUAAUUAAAUGUUUGUCACCAUGCACUCCCAUCAUGGGAUACAACUUUAAUCCAGCACUAAACAAACUGACAUUGCUUAAGUAAUGAGUAUAUAUGUUAUCACACUUAUUUGGUUCUUCUAAUUGUUAUCAAUCCUUAUCAAUGUUUUACACAGGUUGCAGAACUGGAAACACUUGGUGGUCAUGCACUGAUGUUAUGUGCUUAUGAUGGUGUUUGUUACCAAGGUUCAGCUGGGAUUGGUGACAGCCUUUUAAAAACAAACAUCAUGGAAACAUUUGCAAGUAGAUUACACUGUGAGUACUGACUGUAGAUAUGCAUUAAUUAGCACUUUACUCUUGAUAUAUACUUUCAGAAGCUCAUUCUAAUUUUACUUGUGAUGUUGAAAUCUUUCUGCAGAUUUUUGCGCUUGAGAAUUUGUGAAUUGGAUUUUUCCAUACAUGAGUUGAUGAAAAAAAAGAAAAACAAUUAGUAAAACCAAUUACCUGUUAAUUCCAAUUUGCAUUUCAUUCCUGCACUCAAAACAUAAACAGAACCUCAAAAAAAGGUUAUUGAGAGCAGUAGUCCUGGUACUCAAUUUCUGUUACUCUAAGUGUACAUCUAUGUUCUUAAAUAUCAGUAUAAUCUCAAUAUAUUAAAACAAUAAAUGAAUCCCAAUGAAAUUCACUACAUUGAUGCUUAGAUCAACAACUUAUUACACCAAGCUUCUCGUUUCUUAAGAACUUAGAAAAGAAAGCAUUAUAUUUCCAGUGAAAAUAGGUCCUUACUUUAUAGGUAAUUCCCUGGUGGAAAAGCAAGACGUGUCAGUAAAACAUCUACAAGAAGUGUUCAACUUCAAAUACAGUAUGCGUUUUUAUAGCAUAUAUUUGCCUUUAUCCAUGCACGUGCGGAUUAAGGUCUUCGAAGAUCUAGCUGAUGUUCCUCUAAAUUAUUGAAAAAUAUAUUUGUUUUCUCUUUCCACUGAAAUGACCGCAUUCAGUUUCAGUUGACCCAUGAUUGAAAACUACAUCUCCAUAAACUACUAUUUGAAGCAUUUAAGGGGUCAAUAGCUGUUUUACACUCAGCUUCUGCCUUUUCUUGUGAUUUGUUGCAAUACGAAAAAAAGUCAGUCUUCUUUCCCAAUAUAAAUUUUAUUUCUGCUUUUAAUGUAUUGAUGUGGUAAUUCCCUUUAUCUAUGGCUAUAAUUUCUGUAUAAGUGUCAUAUUCAACGUAACAAGGAGUGACUUUUAGCUUCGUUUUUUUUUUUUCCAGUCAAUUUCUGUCUUUGUCUUUUGUAGGUGAACUUGUCGGAAACAGAGGAAGUAAAAUGCCUUACGCUAAGAUACAGCAAUUGGGAAUUUCAUUUAAUAACCUUCCCUUGGAUUUAAAGAAAGAGAUUGGUGUUAUUCCGCGUAAACCGUCUCUUUACGGAAGCGGCCAGCGCCGAAAGCUGUGGCUCGCCCGUCAUGACUGGAGCUUUGGUAUUUCUUUGCCUGUACCCUCCAUGGAUAGUUGCACGACCCCUUCAGCCACCACUCACACAUCAACUUCUCCUACGCCCACUCCUUCCCUUGUUAAUUCGUCGACCUCCUGUUAAUUAGUACUCCCGGUUUAAGUUAAAAACCACUGCUAUUCACAACCGUAACAAUACCAACUCAUAACAAACUAACUACUAAUUGAACUUACAAAACACCUCAGUCGAAAAGAUGAAAUUUACACAACAUACCAUACAUUCUUCCUUCACUUUGACACAACCUCAUCACACACAAGUUCUUUAAGUGUUUAUCAGUCAUCUGCAACCAGAGCCACAGUGAGUGUUGACCACUGUACUUCCCGCGCAUCCAUUGUUCUUGGUACUCCUUCCUAAUCUCAACGCAGCACUUCCUCUGCUGCUGGUUUUAUCGUUUCCAAAGGUGAGCAAGUUUUUUAUCUCUGAUUUUGUAAAGUUCAGUGUUAAGCGUGUUUACCACUCAAAGUGACGGGCUUAUUACGUGUGAAAAGGAAUUAGGAAUUUCCAUGAAACAAAGUGAUCAUGCUGAAAUGAAAGACUAGUGUACUAUUUGGUCUCCUAAGUAUUUAACACCAACGUUAUUUACUUUGUAACCCUUUUUACGCAGAUACUAAUUUGGAAUGCUGUUACCAAGCACGGCCUGAGAAAUACGUGUGGUUUUUGUUCUUCCACCACGAACACACAUUCAUGGGAGCACAGUGAAUCCGGGAAACUUUGUGGUUGAAUGGUGCAUUCUAUGACGGAGAAUCGAUUUUUGUCGGUGGUUUUAUGAAUGGCCUUUAGAGCCGGCAACCUAUUUUCACUCGACUUACUGAAGUUUACUUCUUCAGGCUGACCUCCCUGUGAAGGCGCCAUAACCUUUUGGAACUGUGCACAAUAAAUUGUAACGUGGUUUUGGC